AUGAGCGUCUCCGCGACGAUGAAGCGCCUCGUGCUCGUGGAGGCCUCCGGCGACGACCUCACCGACGCCAAGCUCGAGCUCGAGGAGUGCCCGACGCCGACGCCCAAGGCCACGGAGGUGCUCGUCAAGGUCGCGGCGGCGCCGAUCAACCCGAGCGACUACGGGUCCUGGCGCAGCAAGCGCGGCGACGGCCCCGUGCCCAUCGGCAACGAGGGCAGCGGCGUCGUCGUCGCCGUCGGCUCGGUGAUCGCGGCGACCGUGGCGGGGCUCCGCGUCGGCGCCAAGGUCGGCUUCGUCGGCGCGAAGAAGCAGGGCGCCUACAGCGAAUACGUAGCCGCGCCGCUCGCGACGACCUUCGCCAUGCCCGACGCUCUGCCCGUCGAGGACGCGUGCUCCUUCUUCGUGAACCCGUUCACGGCCUAUGGAAUUUUGAAGGAGGCCAACGGCCGGCCCUUCGUGCACACGGCCGCGGCGUCGCAACUGGGCCAGAUGCUCGUGAAGCUGGCCAAGCUCGAGGGCGCCGGCGACGCGCUGCUGAACGUCGUCCGCUCGGAGAAGCAGAAGGCGAUCCUGGAGAGCCUCGGGGCCGCGCACGUCGUCGUCGUCGCCGACGCGAAGACCGACGAGGCGGGCGUCGCCGCGCUCAAGGCGAAGAUGGCCGAGCUCAAGGUGACCUGCGCCUUCGACGCCGUCGCCGGCGCGAUGGCGGGCUGCCUCUUCACGAACCUGCCGCCGAAGGCGACGCUCUACUCGUACGGUCGGCUCUCGGGCGACAUCGAGGGCGUCGCGCCCGUGGAUCUGAUCUACCGCGGCAAGAAGCUCGAGGGCUUCUUUUUGACGGCGUGGCUCACGGGCGGCUUCCCCGGCGCGAGGCUCCUGAGCGCCGCGGCCAAGGUCCGCGCGGGCCUGGGCGAGGGCGGCUGGUGCGCGACGACCUUCGUCGACUGCGCGCCCGAGGCCAUGUGGGACAAGUUCGUCGACAUGUACACGACGACGGGCUUCACGGACCGCAAGCUCCGGAUCCGCUUCCCGGAGUAG